AAUCAGACUAUGGUCACAGAGUUCCUCCUCCUGGGAUUUCCACUUGGCCCAAAGAUGCAGGUGCUCCUCUUUGGGCUCUUCUCCCUCUUCUACGCCUUUACCUUGCUGGGGAAUGGGGCUAUCCUGGCUCUCAUCUGCCUGGACCCCAGACUGCACACCCCCAUGUACUUCUUCCUCUCCCACCUGGCCAUAGUGGACAUCGCCUAUGCCUGCAACACAGUGCCCCGGAUGCUGCUGAAUCUCCUGGACCCAGCCCUGCCCAUCUCCUUUGGGGGCUGCAUGACCCAGACCUUUCUCUUUUUGACUUUCGCACACACAGAAUGUCUCCUCCUGGUGAUGAUGUCCUAUGAUAGGUAUGUGGCCAUCUGCCAACUCCUUCGAUAUUCUGCCAUCAUGGGCUGGAGAAUCUGCAUCGGCCUGGUAGUGACUUCCUGGAUUUUAGGAGUCUCCUUGGCCCUAGUUCAUUUAAUAUUACUCCUACCAUUGCCCUUCUGUGGAUCUCAGAAAGUUAACCACUUUUUCUGUGAAAUUUUAGCUGUUCUCAAAGUUGCCUGCGCAGAUACCCACAUCAAUGAGGUCCUGGUCUUGGCUGGGGCAGCAUCUGUGCUGGUGGGGCCAUUCUCCUCUAUCGUAGUAUCUUAUGCUCGUAUUCUGGGUGCCAUUCUGAAGAUCCAGUCGGGAGAGGGGCGCCAGAAAGCCUUCUCCACCUGCUCCUCCCACCUCUGUGUGGUUGGACUCUUUUAUGGUACAGCCAUUGUCAUGUACAUUGGGCCCCAACAUUGGGACUCCAAGGAGCAGAAGAAAUAUCUCCUGCUGUUUCACAGCCUUUUCAAUCCCAUGCUCAACCCCUUGAUCUAUAGUCUGAGGAACAAAGAGGUCAAAUGUGCUCUGAAGAGGAUGCUCAUAAAGGAGAGAACACCGUGA